AUGUCAGAGUUAACCACUAAUAAUAGAAACUAUUCAGGAAAGAAAUCUGAUGAUGCCAGUGGGUAUGAGAAAUUGCUUUCUGAUAUUAUUAAUCAUGAGAAAACUCAUACUAGUGAGAAGUUUAAUGAAAUUAAGAAAAAUGAGAGCAUCUUCUAUCAUAAUGAGGAUUUUAUUCAACAACAAAAGAUUCACACUGUGGAGCAACUGUUUGAAUAUAAUGAAUGCAUUAAAGCCUUCCACAGUAAUGCUCUCUUCAUUACACAUAAGGGAACUCACACAGGAGAAAAAUCAUGUGAUUAUAAUGAAUGUGAGAAAAUUUUCAGGUAUGAGUCAAACCUCAUGUUACAUCAGGUAAUUUACUCAAGGAAGAAUCACUAUACAUUUAAUGGAUGUGGGGUAACCUGUGAUAAGUCAGUCCUUUGGAAGAAACGUCCUAGAAUUCAUAUGAGUGAGAAAUACCAUGAGUGUGAUGUAUGUGGGAAAACCUUCCUCCGAAAAUCAAAUCUCACAGUACAUCACAGAACGCAUAUAGGUGAAAAACCCUAUAAAUGUAAUGAAUGUGGGAAACCCUUUUACCAUAAGCCAGCCCUCACUGUACAUCAAAGAAUUCAUACAGGAGAGAGACUGUAUGAAUGUGGGAAAUGUGGGAAAACUUUCUACCAGAACUCAGCUCUCUGUCAGCAUCAAAGAACACACACAGGGGAGAAGCCUUACAAACGUAGUGAAUGUGGAAAAUCUUUCUCCCAAAAGUCAGACCUGACUGUGCAUCAGAGAUCUCACACAGGAGAAAAACCUUAUAAAUGUAAUGAAUGUGACAAAUCCUUUAGUAUAAAGUCAAAACUCACUGUACACCAGAGAAUACACUCAGAGGAGAAGCCCUAUGAGUGUAGUGAAUGUGGGAAAAUGUAUUACAUGAAGUCAACCCUCAGUAAACAUCAAAGACUUCACAUAGGGGAGAAAAUAAAGGAAUGCAGUGAAUGUAGGAAGACCUUCUGUGGGAAAUCAAUUCUCCUUAAACAUCAGAGAACUCAUACAGGGGAGAAACCUUAUGAAUGUGUAGAAUGUAAGAAAACCUUUUCUGAGAAGUCCACUCUCAGUAAACAUCAUAGGAUUCAUACUGGGGAGAAACCCUUUGAAUGUAACAAAUGUGGGAAGGCAUUCUGCCAAAAGUCCCAACUCAUUCAACAUCAGAGAAUUCAUACAGGGGAGAAACCCUAUGAAUGUAAAGAAUUUAAGAGAACAUUUUGCCAGAAGGCAUCCCUCAAUGUACAUCAGAGAACACACACAGGAGAGAAGCCCUAUCAAUGUAACGAAUGUGGAAAAUCUUUUUAUGAUAGUUCGACCCUCAUUAAGCAUAUGAGGAUUCAUUCAGGGGAGAAACCCUAUAAAUGUAAUGAAUGUGGGAAGACCUUCAGCCACAAACCAACUCUUGCCACACAUCAGAGAACACACACAGAAGAGAAGCACUGGAAGUAACCCUAUGGUUGUAAUGAAUGUAGGAAGAACUACCAGAAGUCAGCCUUCAGUUUACAUCAUAGAACUCAUACAGGACAGAUACCUGGCAAUGUUUUUACCAAACUGGUCACAGAACAAGUCGUUCUCACCUGCUGA